AUGCAUUCUUUCACGAUCUUGCUGGCAGCUUCCGCUUUGACGGGCACCGCUAUCGCCAAGCCCAUUCCCGUUCCUCAACAAGUUGCGCCAAGGAGGGGCUUCACUCUCCCCCAAAGUGUCCCAAAGCCGUACCAGGCUGGUCCUGUGGCUUUGGAAAAGACCUAUCUGAAGUACAAUACAGCUGUUCCCGACGUGAUCAAGGCCGCCGCGGCCAACGGCUCCGUCACCGCCACACCGGAACAGUUUGAUGCCUUUUACCUCUGCCCAGUCACCAUCGGAGGUCAGACUCUGAACCUCGAUUUCGACACCGGUUCUUCUGACCUGUGGGUGUUCUCGUCUGAGCUCCCUAGCACGUCGCAAGCGGGCCAUAGUAUCUACGACCCCUCCAAAUCGAGUACCUCGAAAAAAUUGAACGGGGCCACCUGGAGCAUCUCAUACGGGGACGGGUCCAGUGCCAGCGGCGACGUCUACACCGACACCGUCGACAUCGGUGGCACUGUUGUGACUGGACAAGCUAUCGAGCUUGCAAAGACAAUCAGUGCGCAGUUCCAGCAGGAUGAGAACAACGACGGCCUGCUUGGGCUCGGGUUCAGCUCCAUCAAUACCGUCAAACCGCAGCAACAGACCACGUUCUUCGACACUGCUAUCAAACAAGGAGCUCUCGACCAGAGUGUUUUCACCGUGGACUUGAAGAAGGGCGCUCCUGGUAGCUACGAUUUCGGCUUCAUCGACGACUCCAAGCACACUGGCGAGAUCGCCUACACUCCGAUCGACAACUCCCGAGGGUUUUGGGAGUUUACCGGUACCGGUUACCAGGUUGGCGAUGGACAGUUCCAGUCGGCCAGCAUUGAUGCCAUCGCCGACACUGGUACCACCCUUCUCCUUAUGGAUGAUGAGAUUGUGUCUGCCUAUUACGACGCUGUGGAUGGUGCUCAGUAUGACAGCUUCCAAGGUGGCUAUACUUUCCCAUGUUCGACGGAUCUCCCAGAUUUCGCUGUUGGCAUCGGUGAUUACAACGCCGUGAUUCCUGGGUCCUUCAUGAGCUUCGCUCCCCUCUCUUCAGGCUCCUCAAGCUGUUAUGGUGGUCUUCAAAGCAACCAGGGUAUUGGACUGUCGAUCUACGGCGACAUCUUCCUCAAAGCCGUCUUCGCUGUCUUCGACAGCGAGAAUCUGCAGUUUGGUGUCGCACCUAAGGAACUCUAG